AUGACCACUAGUGUUCCGUUUGGAAUAUUACUUGCUCUGAUCAGUAUAGAAGAGGUGGACGAGAAAUCACAGACAUUUUCAUCUGUUAUCCUGUUGCUUUAUAAGUGGAAAGAUGAGUACCUACGCUGGAAUACAUCUGAAUAUGAAACAAGACAUCUUCGGGUUCCAGCUAAAAAUAUAUGGGUUCCGUCUAUUUGUACAGCUAACGAGCUUGCUGGCAAGAUGUGUAUGACUUACGAAUCUGAGAAAGAAAACGAGGCUUUCAUUCAUUACACAGGACUUGUCACUUUGUAUCACACAACUAAAAGUACCAUUCAGUGCAAAAUCAAUUUACAGAAAUAUCCAUUCGACGAGCAGAAAUGCACUUUUGAAUUCAAGUCACUGUUUGCAGCGAUACAUCAAUUAGAAAUGAAUGAAGAAUAUUCUUUGGUUGAGGCAUCAUACGGAACAUACAAUGGUGAAUGGAGUCUGGUGUCUACAGAGAAAAAAAUUCGAAGUAGACAAGAUAAAGAUAAUCAGUCUUUGGGUUACCAGCUGGAUUUCACAAUAAAGAUACGACGGCGUCCUACAAUGGGGAUUCUUACGGUAAUGUUUCCCAUCAUCACACUCUCUAUUAUGAACGUUUUCUGCUUUGUACUUCCUAUUGCAGAGGGUGAAAAGGUUGGGAUGUCAAUGGCUAUUUUUCUUACUUUUGCGGUGUACGCUACCCUUUUGAGUGAAAAUAUGCCGUCAUCCGCCGAUAACAUUUCAUGGUUCAGUAUCUACGUUACAACACAGGUCAUUCUCAGCGCCCUUACGAUCAUCUUGCAAUCCAUUGUACUUCGUAUUUACCACCAGUGCCCACAGUGUGAGAGAAAAGUAGAUACACUUGGCUAUCGUCUGAAGACUACCACUGAAGGAACAAGGAAACAUGAUCCAGUUGUCGGGUCAGAAGAACUCACUACAAUCAAAACACGUAACAAUGAAGAUAUUGCCUUGAGAAUGGAGAACGUGUUCAUGGUAUGCACCAUUUGCAUUAAUUUUGUGUCAAUAUGUCUUCUGUUUGUAAACAUUCUGUGA